AUGAUGUCAGGAGACCAGUCAUCAAACAGUGGCCAUUCGAAUUUGUCACCAACUACAUCGCUAACUAGCUCGUUGGUCUCGAUGAAUACUGAAGACCACAAUGAACUUUACGACCAUAGACAGCACCGUGAUUCUAUGUUUAGAAACGCGGGAAAUCAGCAGGUUCCCGUUGGGUCGCCAACUAUACCUCAGCCAGCGCGCGUGAGAGGCUCCAGUAUUGCUAAUGCGAGGCCUUCUAGAUUGGGGCAAUACCUAGCGCACCAAGGCUCGUUCUUCGAUGAAGAUAACCCGAGGAAUGUGGUGUCUGGCAAUAGCAGUAGUCCCUCCGGCAGGAGAGGCUCCAAAGUCGCCUCUGUUGGUGAGGCACCAAAUGCAAAGGUGAACAGUGCAAUGAGCUCUCAAACGUUGCAGAAAAUUGGACACGCGUCUUCAGGCAAUGCUCAUGGUGGUACAACUUCGAAUGAUCAAAGAUCUAGAGCAAACUCGGUUGCAUCGGCCGGGUCCGCCAAUCCCAAAACGCUUCUCACAAAGACCUUGUCUCACCUGAAUGGUUCGGGAAAGCAAGCCCGCAGGGCUUCGUUUGAUAGUGGCGACUCCAAGGCUUCUAGAGAGUCUCAGGAAACUGAAGAAGACGUUUGUUUCCCGAUGCCGCCGCAGCUGCAUACUAGAGUCAACGGUAUCGACUUUGAUGAACUGGAGGAAUUUGCUCAAGCUUCAAUCGAACAAAACCAGUAUGUGGCGCUAAAGAAUCAACAGCCUUGUAAGGAGCCAGCUCAAAAUGUAACUUCUAUGUGGAAGCACGGCGGCAGCUCUAGUUCGACAACGACGAGUGUGUCGUCAGCGGCAAUUAGGUAUACACCAAAGCCCUCUGAUGAUGCCGCGAGCCCAUCGUCACAGGAGGAGGCACUUGCACAGGCACCGGGGAUAUCAUUCGGUGCUAAUAAAGUAGAAGAGGAUGAACCGCAAGAAAAAUAUACCAAGCGACCAUAUGGCGAACAGGCUGGUGUUGGGAGUCGCAAUCCGCCACAAAAUUACGCUUCUGAGUCUUACCAACCCGAAUUCGCUGUUCCCAACAGAUUUUCAUUCUUCUCGUCGGAAUCAGAGGAGACUGUUCAUGCGACUGAUAUUGCUUCUCUGGUGAAACCAGGAGAGCACUUUUCUGAGUUGUUUAGAGACGGACAGCCAACUUGGUGGCUAGAUUGUUCUUGUCCCACGGACGAUGAAAUGAGAUGUAUUGCAAAGGCUUUCGGUAUCCACCCCCUGACUGCUGAAGAUAUUAGAAUGCAAGAGACUCGUGAAAAGGUUGAAUUAUUCAAAUCUUACUAUUUCGUUUGUUUCCACACCUUUGAAAGUGACAAUGAAUCGCAAGACUUCUUGGAACCUAUCAAUGUCUACAUCAUCGUCUUCAGAUCAGGUGUGUUGACUUUUCACUUCGGCCCCAUCUCUCAUUGUGCGAACGUUAGAAGACGUGUAAGACAACUAAGGGACUACGUUGAUGUAAGCUCAGACUGGAUCUGUUAUGCUAUAAUUGAUGAUAUCACCGAUAGCUUCGCUCCAGUAAUCCAAUCACUUGAGUACGAAGCCGACGCAAUCGAGGAUUCGGUAUUCAUGGCUCGCGACCUGGAUUUCUCAGUGAUGUUGGAAAAAAUCGGAGAAAGCAGAAGAAAGACAAUGACUCUUAUGAGACUUCUCAGUGGGAAAGCAGAUGUGAUCAAAAUGUUUGCUAAAAGAUGCCAAGAUGAAGCAAAUGGGAUAGGACCAGCUUUAACGUCCCAAAUAAACAUUGCGAAUCUGCAGGCUGGUGACGGCGAGGUGAGAUUUGCGUGUCCUACUCUCAGUCAACCACAAACGCAACAGAUUGCACAACCUCGAGGCGACAUUGCUCUUUACCUGGGUGAUAUCCAGGAUCAUUUGCUGACUAUGUACCAGAAUCUGCUUGCUUAUGAGAAGAUUUUUGCUAGGUCCCAUGCCACUUAUCUAGCUCAAUUGCAAGUGGAAUCCUUUAACUCCAACAAUAAGGUUACCGAGAUGCUGGGUAAAGUUACCAUGCUGGGUACUAUGCUUGUUCCUUUGAACAUUAUUCCCGGGCUGUUCGGUAUGAACGUUAAAGUUCCUGGCGGUGGCCAAGAGACCCUUGGGUGGUGGUUUGGUAUUCUUGGGGUUAUGAUAUGCUUGGCCCUUACAGCCUGGUUUGCAGCCUCCUACUGGAUUAAGCAGAUCAAUCCCCCAAAAACCUUGAAUGAGGCCGCUGAGAGUGGUGGCAAAUCCGUUAUUUCGAGCUUUUUUCCCAAAAGUUCUCGUCAGCACCAACAUGCCAAUGCUCACUUUUCUGAUCCUCGUUUCCCCGUCCAGAAAUAUCCUAGGGGACCACUCCCUUCCUCGAAUAGAUCCGCUGCUAGUCUUCCUAGCAAGUACAGCCGCUACGAUUAG